AUGAGCAAUCCCACGAGAGCGUUAACGACUUCUGGAAAUCUCGCCGAGGUAACCCUAUCGAAUAAAUACACGUCCAUAUUCCUCGUCGUAGUGUAUGAUACUAUGUUUGCUAAUCCCAACCAGGCCAAUCCCCCUGACUUUUCAGACAUUUGGAAAGUCAUCCUUCAACCCGGCGCAGCAGAGGAUGAGCAGUUUGUAAGAAAAUACUACAAAGGGCGCGGAUCCCUCUCCAUUCAAAAUCUGCUCACGCAGCCUCGUCCGUGGAUGUCGUGGAGCUACAGAGCUGCCUAUCGAAAGCUUUUUGCGCUCUUAGAGCAGGCUUCAUUGGACUUCAAGUUACGCUGCCGGGUCAUGUUUGAGGAGUUGUCGGUGGAUAAUGAUCGAUAUCAGCCGCGACAUCUGGCUUACAAUGAAGGCCAUGCUCCUUUGUCUGUCAUAUUUGACGCCCUGAAGACGAUUCCAGCAACGGUGCCGGACGCAGAUCGUCCGGCGGAAAAGGUCAAGGGUACUGCGCAUGUUAAAAAGUUUGCUCGGAUACUACAUGUAACGGAUAUUUCGCCGCUGGUGCUCAAUUGUAUCUUUGGGACAUCUUCAAGUCUAGAUAUGAGUCACAUCGCGGCAUUUGUCGAUAGAAAUCUGAACAGUUUGAAUUGGGCGAAAGUGAAUCUGCUCCAGCUGCGAAACACGAGCUGGUCUUCAUACAUAUACGAAUACCAUUUUUCUUUCUAUUACGUCACCUUGGACUUUUUCGAACUGGGUACAGUGAAACCUGAUCCCCGCCAGAUUCGAAGGUCGUGUCCAUUCGGGAAGCGGAAGAGUACAAAGCAUCGUUAUAUACACGAAGAAACUGUUUCGUUCUUAUUAUGUGGUCAUUUCGACGAGGUAUUCACUUGUUACCAGUUAGGUGACACUUAUUUUAAACCUCGUUAUGCGAAAGAAACGGGCGCUCGGUUCUUUCGAUCUUAUGAUCCCGGUCAAUCCCCUGGCCAACUUCUACUGUAUUGGAUUGUUGUGGCUUUGUUUCAUGCAAGAUCAAGAUGGGAAAAUGCCAUCGAUGCGCUAGACGCGGAGAUGAAAUCGCCGCGCACCCUAGAGCAAACAAUCGCAACCUGGGAAACUUUCAAAAUCGAAUCCCUGCCCAAAAUUCAGGAUGGAAGGAUCAGUCCGGAAGAUUGGGAUGCUGGAGUCAGUAACAUCGAACAGGGAAUCGAACUCCUUAAACCCAAAAUAGCUCGCAUCCGACGCGGUAUACAGGAUGUAAGGGAUCUUCGAGAGGGGCUCCAAUCGACCGCUGCUGUAUUUGAUAGCCGAACUGCCGUUCGCCAGGGGGAAAACAUUCGCCUGUUAACAUACAUCACAUUGCUUUUCCUCCCCCUUUCCUUUGGCACGGGCAUUUUUAGUAUGCAAUUCAUCGAGUCCAACUCGAGCACGGUCAACGCCUUCGCCAUCACCUUACCUAUCAUCACAAUCGUCAGUGCUCUCGUAAUUUUCAACCUCAACGCACUCACUGCCUCAUUCGACUCUGCAGUCCGCAAAGCCACAUUCGGUCUUCGAGGAAGGAUGAAACUCCAUCACAGAAAAGAUUGGAAACAGAGAGCCCUCGCCCUGUAUCAAGAUGAUAUAAGUGCAGAGCCACCGGUACGAAAAGCUUCCAAACAGAGUAGCCAUUGGGUAUACAUACUUUUCUUGAUUGAGACUGCCACAAUUCUUUUACCUGUUUCCGAACUUGAUGCCGCACUGCGUUUUUACGGGAUUUUUGAUUCCAAAAGCGAGUGCGACCAAGACGAUGGCGAUGAUGAUAUCACAGACAAAGAAGAAGCUCGCUUACAUCUCCCUGGAAAUAAUAGACGAAAGGAAGUUCUAAGGAGGGUGAAAAGAGCCGCACAGCAAGCGGAGGAGCAGGAACAGAGACGCAGAGAGGAAGAGAAAGGGGCGGUAAUCGUAUUUUUCGGACGUUCCUAUCGUAACAGUCUUCAUGUAUCCCGGGCUCUAAUGGGUAUCAUUUUCAACUCCUUGAGGCUUCUUUUCAUACCGAUCUGGAUCGUCCUGCUCUCCACAGAGUACAUUUUGGUAUUAGCCGCCUUCACACUUUUAAGCAGAUCCCAUCCUCACCCCACCCAACCCAGUCCUAACCCACCAGCUCAUGCUGAAAAAUCACCACGUUCCCAUUCCUCUUUCGCGCACGCAUGGCGUUUGCUCGGGCUCAAUACCCUUACUGUCCCAAAUCGACCCCGUCUUUUCUGUCCCGACUCCUCAAGUUCCUCCGAAAUCUCCACCCCAGAUAACAACCUCCCACCAAUCCACAAUAAAGGGAAGUCACCAACAGCAACCAAAGACGUAGCCCUCCAACGACCACAGAUAGCAGUAGCUUCCCCGCCUACAUCUUCUAAAUCACACGGACUGCGUCACUCUACAAGACUCACAGUUCAAUUGGGACCCGAGAACGAUCCCAAAAGAGCAUCCUCAAUAAUAUCUCGAGAAGGAAAUAUGUCACCCCCUUCAUCACCCUCAUUUCCCGCAGCACCACUAACCGCAAAUGUUGAGGUAAGGGUAUUUGACCCCGAGCGGUCGCGGAGGACGGCGCGGGCAAGGAUAGCAAGAGCGGCGAAUGUUACGAGCCAAGUUGAUGGACGCACACAUUAUAAUGAGUUAUGA